AAUUCCAGAAUUGAGCCUCACACGUGCUCAUGAUUUCCUUGCCUUGUUUCAGUGUUUCUGUUGUUUGGUUUGUUUGAUAUCUGAAGAAGAAACAUAUGGAUUAUCAGGGAGCCAGAGCUUUAGAGGGAAAUGUAAAAUGGGCUCCCCUUCUGAUCAGGUCUGCUAGUGUUAAAAUACUGUAGUUACUAUUGUCAAUACACUUCCUGGCAAACUAACCACAGCUCCAGAUAUAGCUGCUCUACUGAAUAAGCGUCAUGAGUCAACUGACAAGCCAGCUUCAGAAGAUGGUCCAGGAUAUCAAGAAGAAUGAUGGCAGUAUCCUGAACAGGCUAAGAAGAUUUAAAAACAAAUCAGCUCCAAAAGUACCAGUAAGAGACUAUCAAGGUGAUGACUUGGAUGUUGAACAGUGGUCUGAAAAUGAGUUUGAUAGUGACACUUAUGAGGAACCUCAAGGGGAGCAGGAUGAUAGCUAUGAGCCUCCUCCCAGUCAGAGCGUCUUCACCCCCACCUCAUCUGCCUGCUUCUCCAGGGGGGACUAUGUAGACAGCUGCCGUGACAGGCCAAACCACCCACCCAGGAAGCCCAUCUGCCUACCAAAACCCACCAGACCAUCACCAUCACUUCCCCCCAAACCCAACCAGCAGGACGACAAUGAGGAAGACUACGUCAUCCCAAAAAGUGAUGAUGAAGACAACUACGUAGAUCCCACAGAGGAACCUCCUGCUAACCGUCCAAUGCACGGAAGAGGCAAACCAGUAAAGAGCAGUCCUUCAAUGUCUAAGACUGUGCCAGAGCGCUCAAAUAGCCCAGAUGUGUAUGAAGUUCCUGACAUUGAGGAAAACUCUCCUCCCCCAGUGAGCAGACCUUCCACACUCAAAGUCCCUGCACAGGGUUUCCCCCCUAGAGCCAGCCCAAGAAUGCACCUAAAGACACGUCCACCCAUCCCAGUCCAGGAGUCCAUGGAUGAUGAAUAUGAAGUCUGCGAUCCAGAUCAAAGUGGCAGUACAAAGUCUGCUGAGAAGGCGCUGCCUGUGCAUCCCAAACCAUUGCCCAGAGAGAUGAAGCCAUUGAAGCCACCUUUAAUGCCGAGGCAAGAUAUUGCAUCCAGGGAAAAUGAAGGCCCAGCACUGGCCAUGAGGCACAGUACCCAGAAACCCACGACCACACCCCAGCCCUCUGAAUACAAACGUACCAAGAUUCCUCUGCCACAGCUGUUUACCUCUCAAAUACCUGACAGAGGAACUGUACCCACAGCUGAAAACAAGUUAACGGAUGCUGAAGAGGGGGCAGAUGUCUUGAAGAAACCUUGGUAUGCCAGCACCUGUGACCGUAAGACAGCUGAGGAUACUUUGGUUCGCUCAAAUAAGGAUGGGGCAUUUCUAAUAAGGAAGAGCUCUGGUCAAGACAUACAUCAGCCAUACACUUUAGUGGUGUAUUACAACAGUAGAGUCUACAACAUCCCAGUACGCUACAUCCAAGCAUCGCAGCAGUACACUCUUGGAAGGGAGAAGAAAGGAGAGGAGCGUUUCACCAGUGUUUCCCACAUCAUUGAGAACCAUCAGAGGAACCCCCUGGUACUGAUUGACAGCCAGAGGAACACCAAGGACUUCACCAAACUGUGCUAUGCUGUGAAGCCUUAGGCCUCGCUAGACCCUCACUAGUACUAUGGACCAUCCCAAAUCAGUGUGUCUAGUGUUAGACCUGUGUGCAAAUCAACAGGCAAUUUGAUGCUGCACUCAAGUCUGAUCUUACAGAGCAUCUGUUCAGGGUUUGUGAACAACAGUUAGAUUAGUUUAGUCACAUUCACCAGCCAUGGCUAUCAAAGCAAGACCAGCAUGACAUGUACUUAAUGUACUGUGUUAGCUCAGUAAAAUUGUUCAUGUGUGUGAAUAUUCAAACUUGUGUUGAACAUUUUGCAUUCUAUGGGGUCUUUUCCAACAAGCAUGAUCCCUUGGACAGUGCCAUUAUGUAUUCUUAAAGAAUAACAGAUUAUAGAAAUGCUAUGAAUAGAAUGUAAUGUAGUAUAUAUACACUGAACGAAAAUAUAAAGGCAACAUGCAACAA